AAAAAAUUUCAUUUUGAAGUGUUUCAAAUGACACAAAUGUCCACUUUAAAAAAAAAUGUACUCAAGCAAAAGUAUUUUUGUAUAAUAAUAUGAAACUAUUGACAAAAUGGAUAUAAGUGUGUUGGAAUGGAAAAAGGUGGAUCUUUUUAAUAUAAUCGCCUUACCAUUUGUAAAAUUUCCGAAUACGGAAGAAAUAUCGUGCUACUGCUUUCACGAAUCCAAAUCAGGCACUGAAGAAAUAAAUAUAAAAUUAGUAGUUUGCGAUAAAAACAAAAAUAUUCAUAUUUACCUUUCGAGUUGGGAAUGCAUCACCUUUCAAUCUCAAUCCAGGCGGAAUGCGGUAGCUCUUUGUUCCCUUACCAGCAAUAAUUGUCUUGCGACUAUCACACCGGAUAUCAAUAAUGGUAUUCACAUUGAUAUAUUUGACCUAAAGAGAUUAACAAAAAAGCAAGGAGCUCCAAUAAUUGCAUAUGCAUAUACUCAAGCCUCAAGUACACUUUUAUGCAUAAACGCAGACGUCGUUGACGAUAAAUUGUUUGCGUUGGCCAUAGGAUUUGAGAACGGUGACAUUCUUUUACAUUAUGGCAAAAUUACGAAAAAUUUUUCUGCAAAUAUUCGCCAACAUACUGUUUCUGGAUACUCAGUCAUUGGAAUUCAUUUCGACUUUAAAACACAACCUUUGGAUACAACUCAAAUAAUGUUUGUAACAUGUGUUCAAGGUGUUUAUUGUUUUAUGUUAAAAGAGAAAUGCAUUAUGGAUACAAAAUUUGUCCUUGAUAAUGAUAAACGCAAUAUUAAUUACCGCAGUAGAAUGCGCCAGGCUGGAAGCGGAGAUUUAAAUGAUUCGAUGUUGGUAGUGGGACGAGCUGAUGCUGUUUAUUGCUACACCCCUGAGGGAAGGGGUCCCUGUUUUGCUAUCGAAGGAGCAAAGGAAUGUCUGGCUUGGGUAGGCCAUUAUCUCAUCGUCGGCGCCAAAAAAUCAAACUCAAAGCAAAGCAUAACGACACUAAUUGUUGUAGACACGGAAAACAAAAUAAUAGUUUUUCAAAAGCAAUUUCAAGAAUCGUUGUAUGUAAUCAGCGAAAGCGAUUUUUGUUACAUUGUAACCAAUUCUCGUGAAGCAAAUGCUUGCAACAUUUUAAUGUUACAACUAAAUAGCAUAGAUUUUAAUAUUCGCCUCUUAGUUGAAAAAAAUAUGUACGAUAUUGCAUUAAGAUUGUUGCAUCGAGAAGGCAUUACUUCAUCGCCAGAAACUGCUAUGGUACGAUUUCAGUAUGGAAAUCACUUACUACAAAAAGGCGACAUCAGUAGAGCUACUCAAGAAUUUAUUAAAACUAUUGGUUUUAUUAAACCGCAUGCUGUCAUUUCGAAACUUUUAUAUUCCAGAUACAACAAUUAUUUAUUAAAUUACUUAUCUGAAUGGAAAAAAAAGAAUAGGUCUUUAAGCUGCCAUACAAGACUCAUUGAAUGCUGUAUUAAACGUGAAGAAAUAAAGAAUAAAAUGCAGCGAGAUAAUCCCCAGAACUACAAAAGCCCCCCGGAAAUAGAACAUCUUUCAAUCUUAUCGAAAAUGUAUUUCGAAAGGGUACAUCAGCAGGGUUCAGAUCAGGUCCCCGUUGAAGAAGAGCAUUUAUUACACCAAUUAUUAGAAUAUGGACCAGCAACUCUAGUAGUUGAUCCCACUACUUAUGUAAAUAAUAUAACUUUUGAAAAUGUUAAAGAACCAAAAAAUAUUCUUUCUUUUUGUUCCAUUUUGGCAGAUUAUAACGAUUAUUGCGCUAACAUGCUAGCCAAGAUCAUAGAAGCCUUUCCAGGCUGUGACGAAAAAUUAUUGUUUUAUUUGCUGGUCUUAUAUCUCACACAAUGGCAAGGAGAAAAAGUUAGUGCACAUUUUGUCUCAGAUUUUAUAAAGACGAAGUGCUUGCGAUUGGACAAAACUUUGAUUGUAUGUAGACUUUAUACAUUUUUAAAUGUCAUACAAAGAAUCCAGAGCAAUCCAAUAAUGCAUAACGAUACAAUAAAUAAGUGUAUUUAUAACUUAAUGGAAAAUAAUACAGAUGUUGCUUUAAAUGGAAAUCUAAGUAAAAGAUCAUUUCUCAUGAUGUUAAAAAGUUCUUGCUCUAAUGAAGAAAUAAGAUCGUUACAAAUAAAGGCAAUAUUUAGGGAUCAGUUAAUGCGAAGUAUAGUUGAUUCCGGGAAUGAAUUACACUUAGUUGAAAAUUAUAAAGAGAAGAUUAAGAGAUCGAGAUCCAUGCUAUCUCUCUAUACAAACAAUCCAAUCGAGUUUCGAAAUGAUAAAUGUGACAUCUGUCAUGAAAUGUUAAGUAUGCAGUCCAUUUAUUUUCUUUGUCAACAUUCCUUUCAUAAAGACUGCCUCAAUUACGAAUCAACAAAACGUCAAGAAAAAUUAUUAUGUAUUAUUUGUAAAACCAGAAAUUUGUUAAACCCGAAAAAUUCUUCCACUCCUUGCUAUGAUUCAUCAGAUAUUAUUGCAGAAAUCGCUAGAAUAGUUUCUAUAGGAAAUAAGCUAGGAACUAAAAGUAUGAUACAAAAAUUAAAAGACGAGGCAAAUAGUAUUGACUACAGAGGUCAUGAAAAAAACAAUGUUACUUCUUCUAACCCUUUUGAUUAAAAUAUAAUGAUUUUAAAAAAUGUAAAACUGAACAAAUAUUUAAAUUAUUUUUCAAUGUAUCAUUCGUUAUAAUAAAUAAAAUGUACAUAAGCCGAUCAAUGUCAUGGUGCUGUCGAAAUAAAAGGAGCACUCUUUUUAUUUUAAA